UCUUUCGACGCACAGAUUACGUACGACUCGACGCAGGCAUAUAAAUAGCAAGCACCGCCUACCCCAAUCUCUCUUUCCAUCCAGACAGGCGACGAGAUGUCCCACCGUAAGUUUUCGGCUCCGCGACACGGGUCUCUGGGCUUCCUGCCCCGCAAGAGGAGCCGACGCCACCGCGGGAAGGUGAAGAGCUUCCCCCGUGAUGACGCCACAAAGCCCGUUCAUCUCACCGCCUUCCUGGGCUACAAGGCCGGCAUGACUCACAUCGUGCGUGAGGUCGACAGGCCAGGAUCCAAGGUGAACAAGAAGGAAGUUGUGGAGGCAGUGACCAUUGUGGAGACCCCUCCCAUGAUGGUGGUCGGCGUCGUUGGCUACGUCCAGACCCCCCGCGGUCUCCGCUCCUUCAAAACCAUCUUCGCCGAGCACAUCAGUGACGAGUGCAAACGCCGCUUCUACAAGAACUGGUACAAGUCCAAGAAGAAGGCCUUCACCAAGUACUGCAAGAAGUGGCAGGACGACGAGGGCAAGAAGCAGCUGGAGAAGGACUUCGCCGCCAUGAAGAAGUACUGCCAGGUCGUCCGCAUCGUCGCCCACACCCAGAUGCGUCUGCUGCCGCUCAGGCAGAAGAAGUCUCACCUGAUGGAGGUGCAGCUGAACGGCGGCUCCAUCGCCGACAAGGUGGACUGGGCCCGCGAGAAGCUGGAGCAGGCCGUGCCCAUCACCAACGUCUUCACCCAGGACGAGAUGAUCGACGUCAUCGGGGUCACCAAGGGCCACGGCUACAAAGGUGUCACCAGCCGUUGGCACACCAAGAAGCUGCCCCGCAAGACCCAUCGUGGUCUGCGCAAGGUGGCCUGCAUCGGGGCCUGGCAUCCCGCCCGCGUGGCCUUCUCCGUCGCUCGCGCCGGGCAGAAGGGCUACCACCACCGCACCGAGAUCAACAAGAAGAUCUACAAGAUUGGCCAGGGCUACCACACCAAGGAUGGGAAGGUGGUGAAGAACAAUGCCGCCACAGAGUACGAUCUCUCCAACAAGAGCAUUACCCCCCUGGGUGGCUUUGUGCACUACGGUGAAGUGAGGAAUGACUUUGUCAUGCUGAAGGGCUGCAUCGUGGGCGUGAAGAAGAGGGUUCUGACUCUGCGCAAGUCCCUGCUUGUGCAGACCAGCCGUCGCGCGCUGGAGAAGAUCAACCUCAAGUUCAUCGACACCACCUCCAAGUUCGGACACGGCCGCUUCCAGACUGUGGAGGAAAAGAAGGCGUUUAUGGGACCACUCAAGAAGGACCGUGUUGUCAAGGAAGAGACUGCCUAAGCUCCGCCUCUCCUGGCUCUGUCUGUGGUGUUAUGAGCAGUCAUGCAUUGCUGCAGAGUUGUUUAAUAAAAGACCAAAAAUUA